AUGGGCAUCCUCAGCGUAGACUUGCUGAUCACACUGCAAAUUCUGCCAGUUUUUUUCUCCAACUGCCUCUUCCUGGCACUCUAUGACUCGGUCAUUCUCCUCAAGCACGUGGUGCUGCUGCUGAGCCGCUCCAAGUCCACUCGCGGGGAGUGGAGGCGCAUGCUGACCUCAGAGGGAAUGCGCUGCAUCUGGAAGAGCUUCCUCCUUGAUGCCUACAAGCAGGUAAAAUUGGGUGAAGAUGCCCCCAAUUCCAGUGUGGUGCAUGUCUCUAAUUCUGAAGGAGGUGACAAUAGUAGAAAUGGUGUCCCGGUGAAGAUAGUGGAUGGAGCUGAGUGCCACCUUCUUGACUUUGCCAGCUCUGAGCGCCCACUAGUGGUCAAUUUCGGCUCAGCCACUUGACCUCCUUUUACUAGCCAGCUGCCAGCCUUCAGCAAACUGGUGGAAGAGUUCUCAUCAGUGGCUGACUUUCUGUUGGUCUACAUUGAUGAGGCUCAUCCUUCAGAUGGUUGGGCAGUGCCUGGUGAUUCUUCUUUGUCUUUUGAAGUGAAGAAGCACCGGAACCAAGAAGACCGAUGCGCAGCAGCCCACCAGCUUCUGGAGCAUUUCUCCUUGCCGCCCCAGUGCCGUGUUGUGGCUGAUCGCAUGGACAAUAAUGCCAAUGUAGCUUAUGGGGUAGCCUUUGAACGUGUGUGUAUUGUGCAGAGACAGAAAAUUGCUUAUCUUGGAGGAAAGGGGCCUUUCUACUACAACCUUCAAGAAGUCCGGCAUUGGCUGGAGAAGAAUUUCAGCAAAAGAUGAAAUCUAGAUUAGCUGGUCAAAGGUAUGAUUGUAAAAGAGUUUUUUUUUUUUUUAAAUUGUGUAAAGGAAAAGAAACUAAGAACUGAAUCCACUAUUUCAACUGAGUCUCACUGUCUCCAUGAAAGACAGGAAUUUACCUGUCAGAAGAACAUAAGCUUCUAACAUCUCCAUGCUUCUUUUACCACUCAAAUGGCCUUUGGCUAAAUAGUAGCCCCCUCACAUCUAUUCCUAGUAUAAAGCCCUGAGUAAAAAGACCCCAAGAUGGAGAUGAAGAAACCCUGUUUCAACUUGUGUUCAUCUGCCUUGGGAAAGAAGUAAUACAGCUGAUGGAAGCUUUGGGACCUGAAGAACAGACUUACCUGAAUAACUACUAUGUUAGGGAUCUACUUGUCCUUGUUAGUAUAAGGGGUAUU